AUGGCUGAUCAUCAAGAUCUCGAGAAAGCAGAACAAACGCCCGCAAUCGUCAACGCCGACGACAGCAAACAUGACUCUCAAACGUCUUCAGCAGACAGCCAGCAGCACGAGUUGGAAGACAACUCGAAUGUUCCAAAACUCGGCUUUCUCCGCCUCUUUUGGCUGUUCCUCUCUCGAUUCGGCAUCUUUGCUUGGGGAGGUCCAGUCGCCCAAAUCGCACUCUUAAAGGACGAACUCGUCAUCAAACAGAAAUGGAUCACCAUCUCUCGUUUCAAUCGAGUCUUUGCCGUCUAUCAGAUCCUACCAGGUCCAGAAGCAGCCGAGCUGUGCAUGUUCUUUGGCUGUCUCUCUGGUGGUCGUCUGGGAGGAAUCGCUGCAGGAUUGGGAUUCAUCUUGCCCGGAUUUCUCUUGAUGCUUCUCGCCAGCUACUUGUACACCAUUGUCGGGUUUGGCAACAAGUAUGUCAAUGCCUCGUUUCGUGCUCUCCAGCCCAUGGUCGCUGCAAUGGUCAGUUCAUUUCUCGCCGUCUAUGGCUUAAUCAACAUGGCCGUCGCCCGUCGCCUCUUUUCCGUAGCUGCCCUCCUCUUCAUCUUACAGUACGUCGCAUACGGAGUGUACGUUCAUUUCAAGGGCGUUCCCUCUCCCUUGUCCCUCGCACUCGGAAUCGCCCCCAAACCAGACGUCGGUCACCUCUUUGGCCUUGGUCUCGUAUCCGGUAGUCUCUCCUUUGGCGGUGCUUUCACCGCUAUCCCGUUUAUCCAAGCCGAAGCGGUUCUCAAAGGUGGAUGGAUGCUUCAGCAGGCAUUUAUCGACUGUAUCGCCAUUGGCAACGUCCUCCCUGCUCCUCUUGUCAUCUUUGCCACUUUUGUCGGCUUUUAUGGUGGGAACAGCUAUGGUGGGAUUGGCUACGCAUUUGCUGGUGCUGUUGUUAUCACGCUCGGCAUGUUCUUUCCAUGUUUCCUCUUUGUCAUUGCCGGACAUAAUCUCUUGGAGCGACUCGUACGGAACAAGUUUCUCGCCGCAGGCUUUGAUGGACUCUGUGGCUCGGUCAUUGGCGUCAUUGCCAUCGUCGCAUUCCAGCUCCUGAGUGCCAGUGUUGACUAUAAAGGUCACAGCAGUACGCUCAGCUCAGAGGAGCAGUACCGACUUGCGUCUCAAAACGCGCUCGCGGCUGUCAUCUUCGUACUUGCCCUCGGUGCGCAAUACAUGUUCCGCAACCGGUUCAGUAUCAUCUUGCUCGUCUUAUCUGGCGCACUGGCGGGCCAGUUCCUCUUCAUCUGA